CACGCUGUUAUCGGGAGCAAACUGUGAAAACUCGGCUGACAUUAAUUAUUUGUGUACUUAAAGUUUGCAAAUAAUUGUUUUAAUUACAAUGACUAUAUUUACUCAAAGGUAAGUUUGUAACGGACAGCAGUAUAAAAAGGGAGGUAAAUAAUUUUUCAAGCACUUGCAAAAGUACACAAACAGCGCAACAUGUCUUCUACUAAACGAAAGUGUCUUACAUUGGAAGAGCGGAUGAAAGCACUAAAAAUGCUUGAAUCCGGGAGGAGCUGUAGGGCUGUAGCGACCGAGAUGGGUGUUGGUAAGACACAAAUACAGUCGGUGAUGAAAAGAAAACGAGAAAUUAUUGAAGAGUAUGAAGGGGACGGUAAUCUACAAACCAAGCGUCCGCGGAAAGCCACAGAAUAUGACGAUCUAAAUGACCUUGUUCACAAGUGGUUCUUAGAUGCUACUGGGCGUCACGUGAACAUAUCGGGACCACUCCUGAAAGAACGGGCGCUCAAGUUCGCAGCAGAAUUGGGGUUAGCGUCGUUCAAGGCAUCAAAUGGGUGGCUCGACUCAUUCCUAAGACGCCAUAACAUUGUAUUCAAAACACGGACGGGUGAGAGAGCGGAGGUGGAUCCAGUCGUAGUGGAUGACUGGAAAAAGCGUCUACCAACAAUCUGCGAAGGUUAUCAACCGUGUGACAUCUAUAACAUGGAUGAAACAGGAUUAUUCUACAAACAAAGCACAAGUGCGACGUUCUUCAAGAAAGGCGAGACAUGUGCCGGCGGGAAGAUGGCGAAGGAGCGCAUCACUGUGGGUUUAUGUGCCUCGGUAACGGGAGAUAAGCUGCCCCCAAUCAUCAUCGGGAAAUCAAAAAAACCGAGAUGUUUUGGGUCAGUUACUCCCGACAAAUUGCCGAUACGGUAUUACAACAACAAAAAGGCGUGGAUGACGACCGGGAUAAUGGAAGACUGGCUGAAGUGGUUUGAUCGGCGGAUGCGACAUGCCAGAAGACACGUCAUAUUAUUCAUAGACAACGCACCAUCACACCCUCGCAUCACACUAACCAACAUCAAGCUACAGUUCCUUCCUCCAAACACAACAUCAGUGAUACAACCCAUGGACCAAGGGAUCAUACAGACAAUGAAGCUAAAGUACAGAAAACGUCAACUACAACACGUGAUGAUGGAGCUGGAGAGAUCGUCGGCGACCACCGGACCUCAAAUUCUGAAAGAGGUUAACAUCCUACAAGCUAUCUACUGGGUCAUAAGCGCAUGGAAGGAGACAACGACGGAGACGAUCGGCAAGUGUUUCGCAAAAUGCGGAUUCAUGAGUGACAGUGAAAAAAGUGCUAGUGCUAGUGACAGUGAAAAAUGUGCAGAUGACCGUGAAAAAAGUGUUAGUGAAAACAUUACAAGUGACAAAAGUGACAAAAGUGAAUGUGAUGAUGUUGAGGACGACUUGCCUCUCAUCAUGCACAAAUUAGCACAUGAUUUAUUUGGGUGUGAAGUGAAGGACCUCAUCAACAUUGACAGGGACUUCACAACAUGCGCAACGGACAUGGACGAAUGGAAGAAGUCAGCACCGGAAAUUCUACAAGAAGAUGGAUGUGACGAGGAAGAUGACACCAACCCAACAGAAGAGGAAGCGACGACAUCAGAAACAACACUCUCCAUGAGUGAGGUAGUGGAAAUGAGCAGAAAACUGAAGGACUGGGCAGUGAAGAAAGGGCACCAUGAUCUACUAGCGACAUUGAUGGAAGCCAGCAACCAGAUAGGGGAUAUAGCCAUGAAUGGAGAGAAGGUGAAACAGACUAAGAUUGAGGAUUUCUUUUUCAGGCCAUCUUAAUAUUGUUGUAAUGUGUAAAUAUGUGUAUGCUGUUCCAUGUAAAUAUAAUGUUCAUUGUUGCUAUGCUUGAUAUGUAUGCUUUUUAUUUGAUAUGUAUGUAUUAUUGCAAUUUUAAUUGUUUAAUUAUAUGACUGUUACAUAUUGUAUUUGUAGUGGUUUAAUUUGUAUUUAUUUGUAUGUAAAGUUUGAUGUAUUAGGUAAAUAUGUUUAUGUAUUUUUUUAUUAAAUAAAUGUAUAUUAAUAUAUUAAAUACAAUUAAACAACAAACAACUUUUUUUUCUGUAUAUAUUUCUAUAAAAACGAACACUCAACAUAUAUUUGAAUGUAUAAUGUACAUACUAAAGCGAGAUACACAUGCAUGUACUGACAUAUGCUAAUGUGUUGCAUUAACAACGACCAACUGGUCUGACAGGUCAAACUGUACUCAGAGACCACCUCAGUUAAGAGACCACUUCCUAGAUUCACCUUGGGUGGUCUCUGAAGACAGGUUAGACUGUACAU